AGUGAAAGAUUGAUUUCAAUAGGAAGUUAAUACUAUGAAGAUACAAAGUAUUGAAACUAUUGGUUUGUUGCUCUUAUUAUGGAAGGGAAUUCAUAAGUUGACACACGAAGUGUAGGUGUUUGAAACUCUUUGGAGAAUUAACGCCGGGAAUUGUUUUAAGUUUUGGAAAACGUAAAGCAAGAUUCUGAAAAACCGUGGGUAAAAAGAAUUUUUGGGAGGUAUUAUGGGACUCAGAGAGAAGGAGAGAGCUGCGGGUCUCGGAAAAAUAUUUUUUAAAUAUUUAACUCCUAAAGAAUGUGACACAAUCAUUAAAGAUUUGGUGAAACAGAAACUGGUUUGUGAAGAUCAUGGGAAGCGAUCUAAAAAUGCUGUGGAAAAGUUAGCAACGCUUCUCAACAAAAGUGAGGAGAAAUGGGACAAAGCUUUGAUUGCAGUUAUCAAAAAAUUAGGCAAGGAAAAGCUUUCUAAAGUUAUCAGGACUUACCUGAAAUCUGAUGACAAUGAUGCUCUGGUAUGGCUGGUACAAAACUGGCCGUCAGCAAACUCUAUUUAUGAAGUUUUGUGGAUUCUACCUGACAUACCCCCAACUGAUGACAAUCCAUGGCUUGAAGUUGCAUGGAAGCUUUGUGUUCAAAAUCAUUCUAUGUUGUACGAUCUUUGUGUGUUGUAUUUGUAUCACAACACUAGUAAUCAUGUAGCAGGGAAUUACUACCCAACCUUUGAGAAGUUGAAGUUCAUGCAAGACAUGAUCGCAAACUCAUUAACCCCUGGUGGCUGCAAAGAUUUGGUUCAAAAACUGUAUGAAAAAGAAUAUAUUACUAAAGAUAAAAAUAAAAAAAUACAAAACUGUAAAACAAACAAAGAGAUGAUGGAAGCUUUAUCUAAACAUUUGAAGAAAGGCAAACCUCACUUCCAGGCAGCUCUAAAUACAGCUAUACAAAGCCAAGGUGUGGAUCACCUUAGCCAAGUUGUGGAAGGAUGUUUUUCAAGUAAAAAUAAAAUUUGUUUGCUCUGGAUCGCCACCCAGUGGGAAGUGUUGUUUGCUAAUAAAGGCAUCGUUUAUAAUGUCACAACCAAGCGUGGUGUUGAACAUAUUUCCAAUCUCGAAAAAUCUGGAAGCUUCUGGUUGCUUCACAUUUUGCUGCGACUACGAACCAUGGAUGCAAAUUUGGCACGAAAGUUUGUAAAGGAGCUCUUAAUGAAUAUGAAGCAGUUUGUGGUGGAUUUUGGAGUUAAUCUUUCAUCAACAACAUCAACAACAUCAACACCUAUCAACAAGCAACAACAUCAACACCUUCUUCAACAAGAUCAAGCACGCCGUUGAACACACCUUCUACAACGUCGAGCAAG